AUGAAUAGGUGGGUGUUUAUGGUGUGGGUUGUUUUUUUUUUUUUGGAAGGGUUUGAAUUUAAAAAAGUGAGUCAUAUUUUAAAUGAUUAUAGUUAUUUAUAUAACCAUACUAACAACAAAACUGGAUAUAUAAAUGGAUAUUUAGAAAGAAAUAAAAUAAUAUCAUUGAAAAAAAUAAAAAAUAAGCAGAAUAUACAGAAUAAGCAGAAUAAAAUAAACACACAUUUAUAUUCCUCUCUAUAUAGUAAUCCACAUAAUGAUAUAAAAAAGGAAGUACACAUAUAUGAAAUAUUAAAUAAUGCAAUUAAAAAUGUCGCAAAAAAAAUAAAAAAAAAUGAAAAUCUAUUGAUACCAAAACAAUACUUAUUAGAAGAUAAUAAACUUUAUGAUGAUUAUACAUAUCAGACUGGAAUAAUUAUGUUUAUUGAAAGAGACAUAAAUGAUGGUAUUUUUAUUAAUAAAAAUGAAAAUGAAGAUAAAAAUGUUCGACAAAAAAUAAUUGAAUCCUUGAAAAAUGAGUGUUCUGAUAUUAUUGAUGAUAUAUUAUUAUCUCAAAAUGGGAUAUUAAAUAUAAGGAUAAAAGAUGAAUAUGUAAAAACAAAGUUUUGCAAGUUUCAUGCUCAAUUAAUUGAACAUAUACAAAGUAAGCAAGACAAAAAAAAUAGGAAAAAUUGUGAACCAAAAAGGGAUGAUAAAAAAAAAGUGGUUGUACUUGAUUAUUGUGGAGUUAAUAUGGCAAAGCAUAUGCAUGUUGGUCAUUUAAAAUCAUUAUUUAUAGGAUAUGCAUUAAAUAAUAUUUAUGAUUAUUUUAGUUUUAAUGUAAAAAGUCGUAACCAUAUUGGAAAUUGGAAUGCUAAUAUAGCAAUGGUCAUAACUUUUUAUAUUUUUUUUUUGUCUGAAAAUUGUUGUAAUUUAUUUUUUGGUAAUUCAUCUUCUUUAUUACAAAAUUCAGAAAAUACUAAAAUGAGUAAUAAUUAUUCUUCUGAUAUUUUUGUAGAAAAAAAUGAAAAUUUUCAAAUUGUUAAAAGAUAUUUAGAUAUUUUAAAUAAUUUAAAAGAAGACAAUUUUUAUAAUAAUUAUGAACAUUUUAACAUAAACAAAUUAAAAAAUAUAAAUUUAGAUAAUAUUGAUAAUGCAUAUAAAAUAUCUAAACAACUAUAUUCUGUUAAUACUUUAUUUCAAAAUUGUACUAAAUAUAUUUUAUCUUUAAUGUAUAAAUAUGAUGAUAAAACUUUACAAUUAUGGAACAUUAUUUGUGAUAAAACAAAAAAGGAGAAUGAUGAAAUCCUUCGAAGAUUCAAGAUUCACAAAUUAGUCGAAAAAGGGGAAAACUUUUAUGUGAAGUAUGUUCCUAAAGUUUUAGAAGAAAUGGAAAAGAAAAAUAUUCUCUUUAAAUUUGGAAAUAAAUUAUGUGUACUUUUUAAAAAAAAAAAAAAAAAUUUAGAAAUUGAAAAAAGUGAAAAAAGUGAAAAAAGUGAAAAAAGUGAAAAAAGCGAAAUAAAUAUCAAUGAUAAAGAUUAUUAUGAAGUUGUGCAAAUACAAGAUAAAAUUUAUGAUGAUUUAAAAAAUGGAGAUAUAAAUAUUUUGAAAAAUAAUUAUCAUAUUUUAACUAUAAAAAAUGAUAUAUCUUAUACAUAUGCAGGUAUAGAUUUGGCUGCUAUUUAUUAUAGAGUAUAUUUUGAAAAAGCUGAUAAAAUAAUUUAUAUUGUUGAUGAGAACCAAAAACAUCAUUUUAUGCAAAUCUUUUCAAUAUACAAAAAUAUGAACAUAUUUUCUAAAGAUGUAGAAUAUAAAUGUAUAUGUUAUGGUUUUGUCUUAAAUAAUGAAAAAAAAAAAAUAAAAACAAAAAAUUUGACUAACAACAUUUUAGUUAAAGAUGUAAUACAAAAUUUAGAAAAUUUUGACGAAAUAAAAAAAAACAAUGAAAAUGAAUAUAAUGAAAAUGAAUAUAAUGAAAAUGAAUGUAAUGAAAAUGAAUGUAAUGAAAAUGAAUGUAACGAAAACUGGGGUAAUAAUAAUGAAAGGAAAUUUAUAUAUAACAAGAAAUAUUACACAAAAAAAAAUUAUAAAAAUUUAUUAUUAUCUUCUAUAGUUUAUUCUUAUAUUAGUGUUAAAAAUUGUAAAAGACAAACAAUAAAUAAUUUAAUUAACUCUUAUAAUUUUGAAUAUAUAUAUAUUAUUAAUAAUUAUAAUGAUAUAUACUUUAUUUUGAGAAAUUUACAAAAUUCUGGUUAUUCAUUUAUAUAUCAAGACAAAUAUUAUAUUAACAUGGAUUCCCGAUUAAAAAAAUUGUUAUUAGAUAUUAUGAAUUUUAAAAAUAUUUUAAAAAAUGUAAUUUAUAAUUAUAAUGUUGAUAAAUUAUGUUCUUACUUAUUUAGUUUGUCACAAAAAAUUCAUCAUUUUGCUCAUGAUAGUUUUAAUAAAAAUUUUCUUCACAAUUUUGAAGAAAAAAAUAUUCAUAAAUUUUUAAAUUUUAUUAAAAAUAUCAGCAAAGAAAAAAUAACUAAUACUACUACUAAUCCAGAAAAAAAAAAAUACGAUAUAUUGGAUGAUGAAAAAACAACAUAUUUAAAUUUAUUUAUAAAUUUUAUUAAUAGUGAUAAAAAUCACAAUCCUACAAUUAGUAAAAUUAAUACCUUUUCCAAAGAUGAGUUAAACAAAAUUAUGUCCUUUUUUUUAAAUAAAACAUUUGAAAUAAUUGUUAUGCAAUCAUAUUUAUUUAUUGUUUCAGAAAUAUUUGAUAUUCUGAAUCUUUAUUUAGUUAAGUUUGAUACACAAGAAAUUAUUAAAUAG